CUUCGUCAACAGACGGUGAAAGCGCGAACGCGGUCGUUUGUGAUGUGCGACGGGUGUUUGCGUGAGGAUGUUGCUUUUGGGCGGUAUUUCAAAAAUUUAAUAAUGCUGAAAUUUUUCAAAAUUCUGAUCUUUUGUUGAGAAUUUUCUUUUAAACUAAUAAUUUUUCUUAUAUUUUUGUUUUCAAUAUUAAUAUAAACAUGCAUGUUGAUUGGAGUAUUGUGAAAUCUCAUCCUCUUAUGAGAAGAGAAUCUUUGGUGGAUCCAGACAAUCGUAGCCAUUGUAAUUUGCCGCAUGUUAUUGCUAUGGUUGGUCUUCCUGCUCGAGGAAAAACUUACAUUGCUAAGAAAUUAACUCACUACUUGAAUUGGAUUGGCAAAGUAACUAGAGUGUUUAAUGUUGGAGAAUAUCGCAGGCAAGCAACAGAAGCCUAUAAAAACCAUAGCUUUUUUGACCCAAAUAAUAAAGAAGCAUUAGCCAUUAGAAGCAAAUGUGCAUUGGAUGCUCUAGAAGACAUGUGCCAGUGGUUGGAGCAUGAAGGGGAAGUUGCUGUAUAUGAUGCUACCAAUACUACAUUUGAAAGAAGGAAACUUAUUUAUGAUAUUGUCUGUGAGAAAUUUGGUUGUAAGCUAUUUUUCAUAGAAUCAUUAUGUGAUGAUGAGAACAUUAUAGAAGCAAAUUUAAAGGAAGUCAAAAUAAAGAGCCCUGAUUACAAAAACAGAGAUGUUGAUGAAGCUUUGGAAGAUUUUAUUGCCCGAAUAGAACAUUACAAGAAAGUAUAUGAGCCAUUAAAUGAGAACGUGGAAAAUAAGUAUUCGUUCAUGCAGAUUUACAAUGCAGGACAGAAAGUGUUUGUCCAUCGGCAUGAAGGUCAUAUCCAAAGCAGAAUUGCUUACUACUUGAUGAAUAUUCAUAUUAAUCCUCGAUCCAUAUAUCUUACCAGACAUGGUGAAAGUGUGUUCAAUGCUUUAGGUAAAGUUGGUGGGGAUUCAGAGCUCUCUGAAAGAGGAUGGGAGUAUGCAAAGAUGCUGUCGAAAUAUAUCAAGGAACAAAAAAUUCCUAGAUUACGUGUUUGGACCAGUUUAUUGAUCCGUACCAUUCAGACUGCUUCAGAAAUUAAGGCACCUCAAGAGCGAUGGAAAGCUCUCAAUGAAAUUGAUGCUGGUGUGUGUGAGGAAAUGACUUACGAAGAAAUAAAAGAGAAAUAUCCUCAAGAGUUUGCUGCUCGUGAAGAAAAUAAAUUUAAAUACAGAUAUCCAAGAGGAGAAUCUUAUGAAGACUUGGUAACCAGAUUAGAACCUGUUAUUAUGGAAUUGGAAAGACAAGAAAAUGUGCUGGUAGUUGCUCAUCAAGCUGUUUUGAGAUGCCUCCUGGCCUAUUUUCUGGAUAAGAAAUCUUCGGAAAUACCAUAUAUUAAAGUUCCAUUGCACACCAUCUUAAAGCUUACCCGAGCUGCCUAUGGAUGUGAAAUUCAAGAGAUCCGUGUCCCAGUUGAUGCAGUUGAUGAUCACAAACUCCUGUGAAUUUAGCAGAGAAGAAAUGUUUUUACUAAAGUGCCUUAUUGUCCUUUAUCAAAAGUUUUAUAGAUUAGUGAAGGAUAAGGCUUAUUGUAAUAGUAAUGUGGCAUCUGAAACAACGUUUGUUUUUCAGCAUUUUACAACAAGGUACAAUUGAAAAUUUUUAAUUAAAAUCAAUAAAUUAAAAUCAAUAUGCUCUUUUUAUCUUUUACUUUGGUAUUUAAAGAGCUAAUAUUUAUGGGAUGUGUCUUUAAUCAGGAAAAUUAUUUUUAAGUGGUAUUUAUGAUAUAUGAAUGCACAAAAUCAAGAUCCUUUUUUUGUUUUUCCUGUACUAUUAAGCAACUUAAGUAUUAUUGAUGUAAUUUCGAAUUUUUAUAGUCCGCAGUAUUUUAUUAUAAGGAUCCAAAACAACUCUUUAUUUUGCCAAAUGUGAUGUAUGAAUUUAUAUUUUUGAAUGUUUAUUUAAUAAUAGAAAAAAAUUCCUUCGGCUCUUCUCCCCAUCCCACCCCCUAAAAAAUUCUAUGAAACAUUGUAAAAUUGUUUUUAAAUUUUGUGAAACAUUUUGAUAUAAACCAGUGGGAAAUGGCAGGCAUACUGGUUUCAUCAACAGACUGAUUUCUUUUUCUUGGAAUUUGGAAUAUCCAGCAAAAGUUUUCUUUUAUACUUAUAUAUGCACAAACAUUGCAUUUUACAUUUUUGUGGGUGUUCUGAAUUAUUAAUCCAUUGAUUUGUCAUAUUUAUAAUCAAAAUCAUUCUUUAUGUAUUUUUUAUUUACAAAUUUAAAUUUAAAAAUUCUUCCUGUUUUAAUUAGCAUGGAAAUUUGUAAAAUAAUGCAUUUUUUACCUGCAGUUCAGUUUUUUUUCGUGAAAAGAAAUUCCAGGCUUCUAGCGUUCAUACUUUAUGUUUGGAAAAAUAUACAAAUUAAAUGUUGUAUUAAAGAAAGGAUGGGAAAUGGAUGAUGCAAAUGCUGUUUUAUCUUCUCUUUUGCUCAUCUCUAUUUGGAAGAAAAAAAAUCUCUUAUAUUUCUUCAGUUUUUUCAUGAAAAAUAUAUCCUGGUUCUAAAAUUAUUAAUUUUCAUUUAUUCAUUAGUUUAUGUGGCCAAAUAAUAAUUUUGAAAACUAAAUUACUUUUUAUACCUAUUUAAGGGGCUUUUUUUUUUUUUUUUCAAUUAUUAUUUGAGUUUUUACAAUUAUUGUCUGUUAUUAGGAGGGGAAAUGCUUUGAAACUUCAAAAAAGAAUUGCAAACUUAAUAUUUCCUAACAAUUAGUUUUUUCUGUCUAAUGGUUCUCCAUCAUUUUCUCUAUUUGAAUUACAAUUUUUUAUACUCUUUGUCAAAAAUCAUUUGGUUAUUCCAUGGCUUAAUCUUCUUAUUUUUGGAAACUAGUAGAAUAUUUUAAUUCUUUUUAGUAUCAAUUACACUAUUUAAAAAAGAAUCUGCAUUCCACCAUCUCACAUUGAAUAAAAUUAAGAUGAGUGUUAAAUGAUUUUAAAAUUACUUGAAAAAAAUUUAUUUUAUUUAUCUCUAUAGCUCAUAUAUAGAGCCAGCCUUAGGAAAUGCAUGGGCUUAUUUUGAAAAUAUAUUAGCUAUCUGCCUUGGUUUUCAGUUUAUCCCCCCCCCCCUAUUUGGAAUAAAAUAAAGAAAAACAAUUAUGGUUAUGAAAAGGAAAAAUAAUGCACGCAGAAAUUUCUUUGAUAUUUAUUUUUUAAAAUGUGAUCAGACAUUUUUUUAAUGCUGCCGAGCCUGUUUUUGUAGAAUUUUUUACUUUUCUAUUAAUGAUGUAAAAAUAAAUUUGAAUAAAACAAAAGCUCUAGAUUAAUUUAACCAGGAUUCAAUAUCAGAUUAUAAAAAAAGGGGGCAAUGUAUUUAUUUCCUCAGAUUCAGUUUGAAGCAUUUUCUGAGUCUCUUACGAUGAAUGGCUAAUUCAAUUAUACUACCCAACCCACAUUAGUUAUGUCUCAGAAUUUAGUAGAUUACACUCUGGCCUGGGGCUUAAUAGAUUUAGUUGGCUAACAGCCAGUCUAAUCCAUACGUAAUUAAAAUGUAGGUAAGGCAUCAUUGAUUUUAAUAAUGAAUAUGGAUGUUUAUGUAAUUGACAAAACUUGAUAACUUUUUUAAAAUUUAUUAUUAAUUGUGAAUGACAUGAUUAGUACAUUUUUUUGUGAAAAGUGAAGUUUUAAAAUUUUAAAAAGAAACAGAAAUAUGAAAUAAAAUUUAUUCUUAUAAUAGUUUGUAAGAUACCUCAUAAAUUAGCAUUGAAGUUUGGUUAGUGUUUUUGGGAACAUAGUAUUUUGCUUUAAAUUCAAAGCUUCUGAAAUGAACAAUUUAAAAAUUGUGACAAUUCCCACAUAGCUGUCUUCUCUUUGGUACUUCACUAUUAUUGUUAAGGGAGAAAUUUUAAAAAAUCUUCAAUCAAAAGCAUUUCCUUUAAAACAUAUAUUUUUUUCUUUCUUUGAAUCUUCUUAAAUCUCAUGCAAGAAUUGCAUAAAAUAAAUAUUUACUGAUCUAACAUUUCUCUAGGAGAAAAUAAUCCCUCUAUUGAUUUCAUUUCAUUAUAAACAAAAUGAGAAUAGAAAGUUUAAUACAAAAUUAUACUGUUUCAUGUAAGACAUUCAUCUUCAAAUGUGUUCUAGUAAGUCAUUUAUUCAAAGUACUUAAAUUCUGUCAAAUCUUUACCAGAAUUCUUUUGUAUUUAAUACACAAAAAUGAGUUUUGGGAAAUUAAAAAAACUGUUUUAAAAAUUCUGUAUGGAAUUUUUCUUUUGAUAUAUUCUGUGAUCUCAGUAUGUUUAUAAACAAGAAAUCAAUGAAGAAAACAUUGUGUAACAAAUAAUUUUUGCAUUGAAAGUUGAGGUGUUUUUCUCAACUUCCAAUGAAGUGUUCUUCAACUUUUUCUGUUUUAAAGACUGUUAACUAAUUUAUAUUAUAUUCAGAAAAAAUUACAAACAAGCUAUGAUUUACUCUGGUAACAAUGGUUAAUGUGUGAGAUUUUAAACUGUUAAAUGUUUAUUUAAUGUACUUUCUGAGACUAGAUUUUUGUGGACUAAAAUCUUAUAAGCAGGAACUUAAUAUUUGUAGAUGUUUGCGAUUUUAAUAUUUGAUAGCCAAACAUUAGAAAGUUUGAAAAUGUGUAUUUUGCUUGUCAUUCAAUUAAGAACUUUUGGUAAAAUAUUUUAUAUGUAGUAUUUUGAUUUUAUUCAAGUUUUUAAAUCUCGGAAUAAAAGUUUUUAAUCUGUUUUA